UCCAUACCACUCCUUCCCUCCUCUUCCUCUCUCGAUCGCAAGAGAUAUCCUACGGAGAUCGGGUAGGGUUAGGGUUAGGGUUGGGACGUCGUCGGAGAAGCUCUCGGCGGCGGCAAUGGCUUCGAGGGAGGUGAGGGCGGAGAAGGUGCGACGUAUAUUUGAUCGCUUCGAUGUCAACCGUGAUGGUGGGCUCGACCGGGCUGAGAUGGCGGCGCUGGUGAUCGCCGUGAAUCCUCGCGUGAAGUUUAGCGACGAACAGAUCUCCGCCAUCCUUGACGAGGUAUUUCGCACCUACUCCGACUUCAUCCUCCCGCACGACCGUGGCCUGUCCUUCGACGGCCUCCUCCGGACCUACGACGAUGGCGCUGGUGACGUUGAUCGGGACUUCGAUGCCCUCGGCCUCAACCUCCCUUCUUCACCUUCGCCUUCAGAAUUGCCGUCGAAGGAGGAGGUGGCGGCGUUGCCGCCGCCGGCUCCGAAGUCGUCGGCUGCGUGGGCGGCCACGCCGAACCACGGCAUCGCUUUCGAAUCCACUUGGUCUCUCAUCGACGACCUUGAGAUCCUCAUCAAGCGCCUCCGGUCGAAGCAAAUCAAGAGCAGCACCGAUAACAACAAUAACAACAACUUCGAUUCGUACUCCGACGCCGGGUGGUCGCGGGAGAUCGGUGGAACGGACCUCUCGGAUCGACGGAUCCACUGGGAUGAUUCCACGCCGGAGUAUGCAACUUUUGUCCGCGAGCUCACUGCUCUGCGCGCCCGCGCCGACGGCGCGCGAGCUAGGGAGGAGGCCUUUGAUGGGCAUAUGGCUAUCGGCCGUGGGCUCUACGAGCACCAGCUUUUCCGCGAGUCUCUCAAUAGCUUCAAACGCGCGUGCGAGCUCCAGCCCACCGACGUCCGCCCCCAUUUCCGAGCCGGCAACGCUCUCUACGCUCUCGGGAAGUAUCCAGAGGCGAAAGAGGAGUUUUUGCUCGCAUUAGAAGCUGCGGAGGCGAGCGGGAACCAGUGGGCUUAUCUCCUUCCCCAAAUCCAUGUCAAUCUUGGAAUUUCAAUGGAAGGCGAAGGGAUGGUUCUCGGUGCUUGCGAGCAUUACCGUGAGGCUGCCAUUCUAUUCCCGAGCCACUUCCGGGCUUUGAAGCUUCUUGGAAGCGCCCUCUUUGGUGUUGGUGAGUAUCGGGCAGCUGAGAAGGCCCUGGAAGAAGCUAUCUUUUUGAGAGCAGACUAUGCGGAUGCACAUUGUGAUUUAGGAUCGGUGUUGCAUGCCAUGGGGGAGGAUGAUAGAGCUGUGCAGGAAUUUCAGAAGGCUAUCGACUUGAAGCCAGGGCAUGCUGAUGCCUUGUAUAAUCUCGGAGGCUUGUUUAUGGAUGCUGGCCGGUAUCAAAGAGCUUCUGAGAUGUAUACUAGGGUCUUGGCUGUCCGGCCAAACCAUUGGCGUGCACAGUUAAACAAGGCUGUUGCAUUGUUGGGCGCAAGGGAAUCAGAGGAGGCAAAGAAAGCUCUGAAAGAGGCAUUCAAAAUGACAAAAAGAGUGGAGGUCUAUGAUGCCAUUGCUCAUCUCAAGAUGCUUCAGAAGAAAAAGAAGAAGGUGACAAAAGGGGCUGGUGGUGAUGGGGAGGAGUUUGUUAUUGUUGAGCCAUCCAAAUUUAAGAGAGUGGGAAGGAAGACAACUCUGAGGGUAGAUUUGGCAAAUGCAUUGGAGAUCAGGGCUUUCCAAAGGCUCACGAGAUUGAGUCGCUGUGAUGCAGAUGUCUUGAAGAAAGAAAUGAGCGAGACAGAUGUCCCUAUAUCUUAUUCUGGUAAUGGUAUUCCUGAGAAAUCGAUUCGCAAGGCUGCCUUAGAAGUGAUUCUUCGGAGGAUGUUGAAGUUUCUCAAAGCUGAGACAUUCCAGGGAGCAAUGAAAGCGAUCAAUGAGAGGGUCCUCUCUGUCUUGGAUGUGUCUGGCUCAGGACGAGUGGAUUUAGGCAUGUUUUUUGCUAUUCUUGCUCCCAUUUGUUCAGGUCCUACUGACAGGCGGAAGAGAGUGGCCUUUGAUGCAUUAUUAUGGAGGCCUAACAAUGAAGGUGGGGCUCAGAUAAGAAGAAGUGAUGCACUUGCAUAUCUUAAGCUAUUAAGAGCUGCUUAUAUCCCUUCUCAUAGCACCAGUGAUGAAUUGCAUGGAGAAACUGAUAAUUCAGUUGUCUCAUAUGCUGAGUUUCUUGAGAUGUUUAAUGACCCAGAUUGGGGCUUUGGCAUAUUAGCCACAUUGGCAAAACUUGAAGCUGGGGAUCGGGUGCGCCAUGGCCGGCAUACGUGUUCAAUAUGCCGAUAUCCAAUUAUAGGAUCACGAUUCAAGGAGACCAAGAACAGUUUUAGCCUGUGCAAUCGUUGCUACAGCGAAGGCAAAGUGCCGUCUGCUUUUAAGCAGGAGGAGUACAAGUUCAUAGAAUAUGGAACAGAGAGUGAAGCUCUGAAAGAUAAGUGCAGCUGCUUUAAUUUGCAUUCAAAGAGCUUGGAAAAUGAUCCUUAGCUAGUUAAAUGACCUGCAUAUGUCCAAGUUGUUAAAGGUCCAAUCAUGUGCCUCAUGUUAUACAUAUUUGUUUUUGCCAUGUAUUAUUAGUAGCUCUUGUCCUUGUAAACUACUUCUGUAGAUCCUCUUGCUGUUUAAUGUCUAGUCCAACUUGUGUAGUUUCAUCCAUUGUUUGUUAGUGCUUCACUGGUGGCAAUAUUAUGAAAGAGCUUUUCUCUAUUUGUUGUAAUCCCUAGAGCCUUCUUUAGGCCAACGUGAUUAACCUAGUCAAGAAUUGUAGAUUAUAUAUGAUGCAACGGACUUUGUUUUCUA